AUGCAGAAAUUAUACAACCUGCUAGUGAUUACUUCAAGUUUAGGUGAUGAUUUUCAUCGGGUUGCUCUGCAAAGAUUUAGAGGAUCGGCCUAUUCAGAAAUUUUCAAUGAGGUGAGAGAGUUGGGAUUGGAAUCAGCCUCUCUAGAUGUGAUGAGAGAUAAUAUUAAUAGUAGUGAUGUUUUAUGUUUUUGUCCGAAUAGUACAAUUAAUCAAGAAUUGGAGCCUUGGAUAAAUAGGAAGGUACAUCAGGGUGAUUUGUCUUUGAUUUUUCUGAGAGGAAUUGAAAACUUUUCGGCUCCUUAUCAGUUAGGAUAUGUCAAUAAUUCAUAUGUAGAUUGGGCAAAUGCUAAUUCAUUUGCCUUGGAUGUUUUACAUGUAAAACAAUUGAAUAGCAUUCACUUGAAUAGAUUUUUGCAAAAGUACAAUGCCGAAACAAAAUUAUUCUAUGAAAAUUCUGAAAAAUUAAUUUCAAAAGAUCAUACCGGAAAGGACGUCAUUUCGCCUGUGGAUUCUCACCUAUUCAGCACAUUUCAUAAGAUUAAUCUUGAUGGAAGUUAUAUUUGUGGAGAAACAAAUUCUAAAGUUGUAGAUUAUGAAAAGAGUUGGACCACUUUGGCCUAUUCAACAGGAGAUACUGAUCAAGUUCGAAGCUCUGUACUCAUCCACAAUCAGUAUAAGGUGAUGUUUCCUCACUUUUAUGGUUUCAGUGAGGCAGAUACAGAGUAUAGUAAGGACCUUCUCAAGGCACUCAUUCAGUAUUUAUUGUUGGAACAUGGUUCAAGACAAAAGAGCAGAACCACUUUAUUCUUUUCAAGAUUAUUCAAUGCGAGUAGGAAUAAUAUUUACUCUGAUAUUUCAAUAUCAGCUCAUGAUUAUUACAAUUGAUAUUAAUUGUAAUAAAUAAAUGUAAUUUAACC